AUGGAACUGGCUACCCAGGUCGAUGCCCAUCUGCUCCGAGGCUGCUGUGUCGAGGCCGAAAGAUCCGAUGUCGUCGCGUUCCAGCUCGAGGGCUUGCGCGCUGCCCUGAACGAGCCCAGCAACCCUCACCUGACUGCGGUAAUGGAGGAGGUUCGGGCCGGAAGCCGGACUCUCCGCGAACUGGCCGACCUCUCCCAGGUUCACCAGGACCGCGUCCCUUUAAUUCUCAACCCCCUCAACAUCCUUCUACCUUGUUUAUCCAGGUCUCUGAGGGACGUCACUUCGCAUUAUGAGGACCGUACGAGAUCCAAGGUGAACAGGUGGCGAAACAUGUAUCAUACCAUGACGAACGAGGCAGGCGGGCUAUCGCUGCCCAGCCGCUUUAUGGCUUACAACCAGUAUCUGGGCUGCCUGCGGGACUUGCUUGUCAGGUCACCCAACUUCGACCUGAACCUGCUGGAGAAGCUACGCCGCCAAAUACUGCGGCUCCGCGACGCCAGAGGCAUUCCUCUUCCCCCGGUGCAAGUUGGUCCCAUCGUACGCUAUGAUGCUCUACCCGCCGUCGACCUCGAUCCGGCUGUACACUGGGCCGAAAACAUAUUCUCGCUCCCAUUGCCUUCUCGAACCGCCCUUGGGCGGCAGCAAAUGUCCAAAUCCUUGGGUCCACAUCGUCCCUGGGGCCACCUGGAUGUUCCGCCCAAUUCCAAGAUUCUGUUUCGACGUUCCUUCGACGACGACCAAAUCUCGUUGACAGUGUAUCGGAAUAGCCGAGACGCAUCCCCGUACCUGCUUUUGCGCAUAUUCGAUCAGGGGACGCCGUGGUUCGCGCUACGCGGUGUUCAUGAACUUUGCAUCGAGAGAAACGGCAGCUGCUUGCAGUUCAAGCGAUGGAGUCGCUCCGAGAAACGCUCCAAGACCUGGGCAGUCUUGUGUUUCAUGACAUGGGAAGAACUCGUGCUCAUGCACUCGACGUUCGUCUCUCUCAAGGCUCGGAAUCGACUCACGGUUCAACUGGGCCCAGAAGAGUAUACGCUUAAAGAGGAGCAGAAGCACUUCCAAGCACGAAUCCUCGAUGACGGCUUCAAACACUCCCUCAUCGUAUACGAAGAUCGGGCGACCAAAGCUCUACGCCUGCACGCCGCUGUCUGGGACGGCGAGCUUCGCCAGUGCCCCGUGUGGACGGCGUUUGUAACGCAUCAAUCAUCUUCACCGACAUGGCUGAAACGAAUCUCCCGACACAGGGUCCGGCUGGCGGACAUCCAGCUGUACGUCUUUUGCAGACAGUAUCGGCAGCAGAAUCAGCGCCGCGGCCGCAUCGGCGCCUUUGAGAUUAACUUUAUCAGCGACGAAGCUGCUCGUCGAUUCGAGGAAUUCUUCUACCCGCCAGCAGCCGGUCCGGCCGUCAUGGCAGCGAACGGCGUCUAA